AAGAACAGACCACUAAAUUGUUUGGUGCCGCCACUGCGAAUGAGUCAAGACGAUUCUCUCGGGGCGAUCGCGAAUAUCCCGCCAGCACGGGGGAUCAGUACCGCGUCAAUUUAGUUUAGGUGGGAUCCCACACGUUCUUCCUCGUCAAAUGCACCGACCACGACAAUCACAAAAGUGAGACACCGAGUGAGACGUUCCGACACCACCGUGAUCGGUAGUUCCUACUUGACAAUAUGUUCUCCCUGUGACAUCAGAGCUGCCAGAGAAUUCGUUGACAACCUCUAACACAAAUUUUUCCUUUCUGGCGAAGGAACUUCCACAUCAGUCUUUCACCGGUACUGUACGAUGGCCGAUUCCAGUGACUUGGAUCGGCAAAUCGAGCAGCUGAAGAAAUGUGAGAUCAUCAAGGAAGCGGAGGUUAAGGCCUUGUGUGCCAAGGCACGUGAGAUUCUCAUCGAGGAAAGCAAUGUCCAGCGCGUCGACUCGCCCGUGACAGUUUGUGGAGAUAUUCAUGGACAGUUUUACGAUUUAAAGGAAUUGUUCAAAGUAGGUGGUGAUGUGCCAGAAACGAAUUACCUUUUUAUGGGUGAUUUUGUCGAUAGAGGUUUUUAUAGUGUGGAAACGUUUCUCCUCCUUCUUGCAUUAAAGGUUCGUUAUCCUGACAGAAUCACAUUGAUAAGAGGAAAUCAUGAAUCUCGACAAAUAACACAAGUUUAUGGCUUUUAUGACGAGUGUUUACGCAAAUAUGGAAGUAUAACAGUAUGGCGAUAUUGCACAGAAAUAUUUGACUACUUGUCAUUGUCUGCUAUCAUUGAUGGUAAAAUUUUCUGUGUUCAUGGUGGAUUGUCACCUAGUAUUCAAACAUUGGAUCAAAUUCGGACUAUAGAUAGGAAACAAGAAGUUCCUCACGAUGGACCGAUGUGUGAUUUGCUGUGGUCAGAUCCUGAGGACACCCAAGGCUGGGGUGUAUCACCUCGUGGAGCAGGUUAUCUUUUUGGUAGCGACGUCGUCGCGCAAUUUAAUUCUGCAAAUGACAUUGACAUGAUAUGCAGAGCACAUCAGUUGGUGAUGGAGGGCUAUAAGUGGCAUUUCAAUGAGACAGUGUUAACAGUCUGGUCCGCGCCGAAUUAUUGUUACAGAUGCGGUAACGUUGCCGCGAUAUUGGAGCUCAAUGAGCAUCUGCAAAGAGACUUCACGAUAUUCGAAGCGGCGCCACAAGAAAGCCGCGGAAUUCCCAGCAAAAAGCCGCAGGCCGAUUACUUUUUAUAAACAAAUAAUUUUUAGAGUACAAAAAGAAACCAUCAUCGUCGAAUCGACUCGGGAUCUCCGUCUUCUGUUUCUCCUCCCCGAUCUACCUUGGUCUCAUCCUCUCCCAGAGCAAUUUUCGUGAAGGAUACGACUUGCUAUUUCUUUUUUAUAGCGUUAUAUCAUUUGUGACUUGAUCGUUGAUGAUAAUCGCAUAAGUAUCUGAAGAGAAUCAUAAUGAUAUGUGUAAGAAACUGAUGUAAAAUAAAGUAUAACUUGCCUCAAGAUUUAAAAA